CCAUCGACGGUCUCUGAACUUCUACCAUCAGACACUCUGCUUGGCCGUUUUCAGGACGAAGAUAGGUUAACCCCACUCUACUGGGCAGCUUCUUUUGGACACGCUGGCGUCAUUCGUGUCCUCCUUGCAAGAAAUGGCGACGCUGAUUACGCGAAUAUCGCCGUAAACACAUUGGAUCCCAGCCGAUCGCCUUUACCGGCUGCGAUCGAAGUCGGCCGCAACGCUGCAGUGGAAGCUUUGCUCCAAGAUCCCAGGACGAGCGUUGCUGCUCUAGGCAGAUCAAAGUGGAAACUCGUGCACUUUGCAGCUCAUAACGAAGAUAUAUUCCAGCUCCUGUUUGCAGACCAACACCACGGCGCGGACAUUACCUUUCGGGAUAUCCGAGGAAGAACGGGUUUGACAUCCGCUGCGAGAAGCAACGCAUUCGCUCUUGUCAAAACUUUGAUCGAGCGUGGAGCAGCAGUAAACCUGAAAUAUGUCAACGGCCGUACAGCGCUGUCUUUUGCAGCGCAAAGCGCGGGACCACAAGUGGUUGCCUUGUUGCUGGACGCAGGGGCAGAGCCAUGUUUGUGUGACAACGAAGGCAAGACCCUCUCUUGUGGCAUCAGGAAUCGAUUCCACGGAACACGAUACGUCUGUCUAAUGAUCAUUACUUGCGCUACAAGCCGUGCGACUGUGGUAGGGGGUGCAAUGAACGUUGCUUGCCCAAGCACAAUGAGCGCAAUAGGGCUAUAG